AUGGCAGAGUUUGAUGAUGUGAUGCAACCGCCGCAUUUUCGACCUCAAUUAGAAUAUAAUCCAGUUACAGUUAUCGAUCGGUAUACGGUUUUGCUUAAAGAUGGAGAGACCACAGCUACGAUUUAUCCGAUGCAUACACUCAAUGAGUUGCCGCCGGGAUUAUUGGCGUUUCUCUGUGAUGAAUUCAACAUGGAGAUCGAACGAGGGGAUACGUUUCCUUUUUUUGACACGCUUCACAUCGAGUCGUUUCAGAAUUACUGGUUUGGGUCUUUUGCAGCAGUGAUGGUGCUAGGGGAUUCGCCGACGCUCGAAGGGUCGAGACAGUGGGAAAAAGAGUGUUUGGGGACGUUUUAUAUCAAGCCAAACUAUCCGGGACGGUGUUCGCAUAUAUGUACGGCAGGGUUUUUGGUUAAUGCUGGGAUCAGAGGCAAGGGAAUUGGGCGGACGUUGGCAGAUUGUUAUUUGCAGUGGGCGCCACGAUUGGGGUACACGUACUCGAUUUUCAACCUUGUGUUUGAGUCGAAUGCUGCUGCAAGAAAGAUCUGGGAAUCGUUGAAUUUCAAAAGAAUCGGUAGGGUCAAGUCGGCCGGUAUUUUGAAAGGACAUGAUACUGCGGUCGAUGCUAUCGUAUACGGUAGAGAGUUAAUCAACAAUUCCGAUCCCGCCAUCGGUGCGUAUAGAUUUGAUAAAAUCAAGUUCUACUUGGAGACCGGAAGAUAUCCAGCCAUGGCAGAUAGACAAGAGAAGUCAAGAUUGAGGUCCUCUGCGUCGCAUUAUCGAUUGGAAAACGGUAAGUUGAUGUUGAAGGGCAGACAAGUCAUAGCUGAUCCAGUUAGACAAUUGCAGAUUUGUACGGAGGUUCAUAUGACGAAUCAUGGUGGUAUUAAUAAGACGACUGCUGUUGUCACCGAAAAGUAUCAUUGGACGAGAAUAAAGGAUACAGUGGCUACUGCGAUCAAAAAUUGCCCAGAAUGCAGAGAUCCUGCCAAAGACCCGCCCUUGCUCAAACGCAGUACGAUUCCAAAGAAGAUGGCAACUGGUAACUCUAUCAUUCGCAGGAAUAACAAGGUAUUACACUCACAACCAAACAAUCCAAAUGCUCGUAAUAUUUUGAAAUCAAGAAACAGUGCUGAUGAUGUUGAUGCUAUGGUUGCUGCUGCUCAAUUACACAACUUACCAGGUCAUCAUCGUCAUGAUGCUACUGAAAGUUUGUUGACCCACGAUUUAUCUGGCUUAGACGAUGGAAUCAUAGCAGCUGUUGAGGCAGCACAGAGAUCGCAACAACAGGGACAUCCAAAUCAUCAGCACCACCCAACGUAUGCGGCGGCUGCAGCUGCAGCGGUUGCUGGCGAUUCAAAUCACUACCAACACUAUCAAAAUGAAUAUACUAAUCAUCAUGAAUAUCAUCAGGACUCGAACGAUAAUCAGGGAUACAACAACGGCGGUAACUCUAAGGAAAGAAACAGAAAUAACAACAUACCCGUUGAUCCUGAAGUCAGCGCUUUUGAUCACCAUGUUGAUUCUGCUGGGGAAGAAAUUGAAAUUGCAAGGGCUUUAAUUCAAGCCAAUGAGGAUGUUCAAGAAGAAGGGCACCAUCAAGAUGUAGAUGAAUUACAAAAUCAAAGUUCUAAUAAUGAUAAUAACGAGAAGAAUGGUGAUCUGAAGAGGGCUGAUGAUGAAACCAAUAUGUUCUCUAAAGACAAUAAUUAA